ACAACGAAGCCAUUCCUUGGAAGCCAACCCAUCACUUCCAUCAUCUUCUUUCCUUUUGCUAGUCUUUCUCUCCUCUUUCUGUAGGCACAGGCUUGCCAAUGGAGACGCUAUCUUCCCUGUCUACAAGCCAAGGUCUCAUGUCAUGUCCUUCUUCUUCAGUCAUCUCUCGCACUGGUGGGUCUGUUUCAGUUAUUGGGUUUUCUCUUCCACGUUUCAAGACUCGAUCUUUACCAAAUUGCAUUAGGAAACAAAGUUCGACGGUCCCAAGGGCCUCGGUUGCCAUUGAACAGCAGACCAAAGAACCCGAAGUUGCUCUUAUAAGAAUUGGCACAAGAGGAAGCCCACUAGCAGUUGCCCAGGCUUAUGAGACACGGGACAAACUCAUGGCAAUACAUUCUGAGCUAGCUGAAGAAGGGGCUAUUCAAAUCGUGAUAAUAAAGACAACAGGAGAUAAAAUAUUAACUCAACCACUUGCAGAUAUAGGUGGGAAAGGAUUGUUUACAAAAGAAAUAGAUGAGGCAUUAAUAAGUGGUGAAAUUGACAUUGCAGUCCACUCCAUGAAAGAUGUCCCCACGUAUUUACCAGAGAAGACAAUCCUUCCAUGUAACCUUCAGCGGGAGGAUGUUAGAGAUGCAUUUAUUUCCUUGAGUGCAUCUUCACUGGCUGAGCUUCCUGCUGGGAGUGUCAUUGGUACUGCUUCCCUCAGAAGAAAGUCACAAAUACUCAACAGAUAUCCAUCACUCACUGUCUUAGAGAAUUUUCGAGGGAAUGUUCAGACACGGCUGAGAAAACUUAAUGAAGGAGUGGUCCAAGCAACGCUAUUGGCAUUAGCUGGACUUAAACGCUUAAAUAUGACAGAAAAUGUGACUUCAGUUCUUUCACUUGAUGACAUGCUACCAGCAGUUGCCCAAGGGGCAAUUGGAAUUGCUUGUCGAAGUGAUGAUGAUAAAAUGGCUGAUUACCUAGCUUCAUUGAACCAUGAGGACACUAGACUAGCAGUUGCAUGUGAGAGGGCCUUCCUUGAAACCUUGGAUGGAUCAUGCCGCACUCCAAUUGCUGGGUAUGCUUGUAAAGGUGAGGACGGUGAUUGCAUAUUCAAAGGGCUGGUGGCUUCUCCAGAUGGAACCCAAGUACUAGAAACUUCUAGAAAAGGUCCCUAUACUUUUGACGAUAUGGUUAUGAUGGGAAAGGAUGCUGGCAAGGAACUUCUUUCGCGGGUAGGCCCAGGAUUCUUUGAUAGUUGAAGAGCUUAAUAGCAGCUUAAGAAGGCUGCAUGGUUUAAUUUUUAGGCGUAGCACUUUAGGCUUCCUGUUCCUUGAUCCCUCUUGAUCUAUUAUUCAUCAUAUAAUUAAGAGGAAUAGCUGUUUGAUUUGUUGUAAAGUAGAAGGGAAUGUUUGGAGGCUGAUAAUUUGUGAAAAGCCAAUUUUUGCUUGCUCUUUCUCA